AUGGGCUCCACGCCCGACGAGAAGGUCAUCUACGAUGAUCGCAUCGAGGAUAUCGCGCAGAAAACCCCCAGCAGUGUGGAAGAUGAGGAAGAGUUUACGGAGGAAGAGCAGCGCAAGAUCAUUCGCCGCAUUGAUCUGCGCCUCGUGACUAUGACUGGACUGGCAUACUGCAUUUCGUUGAUGGACCGAACUAAUCUGAGUGCUGCAGCUAUUGCGGGAUUGAAAACAGAGUUGGAACUCGGUGUCGGCAAUCGCUAUUCCAUUGUUGUGCUCAUGUUCUUUGUGCCUUACGUUAUCUUUCAACCACCCAUGACGAUUUUAAUUCGCAAGAUCGGACCGACUAUAUUCUUGGGGACCAUUGUUAUGUCGUGGGCGGUUAUUAUGAUUGGAACGGGAUUCGUCAAAAAUUGGGGCCAAUUAGUCGGGCUACGCGUUCUACUGGGUGUUUUGGAAGCAGGCUAUUUCCCGGGGUGUGUCUACCUGCUUUCCUGCUGGUAUACCCGAUAUGAUGUGCAAAAGCGAUUCUCGGUAUUCUACCUCAUCGGCUGUGUUGCAUCUGCAUUAUCCGGUAUUUUGGCAUUCGGUUUGAUGCAGUUGUCCGGUAAGCAUGGGCUUGGUGGAUGGCGAUGGAUUUUCAUCCUCGAGGGAGUGAUCACCGGAUUCAUCGGCAUGCUCUGCUUCGCUUUCCUAGUCGACUUUCCAGACCGCGCCUCCAAAUCCUGGAGAUUCCUCAGCAAAAAAGAGAGCGAUUGGGUUGUCCGCCGCAUCAACAAUGAUCGUCACGACGGCAAUCUCGAGGCGUUCUCCCUAAAGAAGUUCCUGAAGCCAGGACUUGAUCCUAAGAUUUGGGGUUUCGCUCUUAUCUUCUUCUGCCUUACUACAGUCACCUACGCAAUCGCCUAUUUCCUCCCCAUCAUCCUGAUGGAAGGAAUGAAGUUUGACGUUGGUCAGUCGCAAUGCCUUGUGGCCCCGCCAUACGUCUUCGCCGGCAUUGUUAUGUAUAGCACAGCCUGGAUCGGCGACCGAUACAAAAUCCGCGGACCAAUUCUCAUUGGAAACUGCCUGCUCUGCAUCAUCGGAUUGCCCAUGAUGGGAUUUGCCAAGGGCAACGCAGUGCGGUACGCAGGUGUCUUUUUUACGGUCGCAGGCGCGAAUGCAAAUAUUCCGUCCUGCAUGGCUUACCAGGCGAACAACGUGCGUGGUCAAUGGACUCGCGCGUUCAGCAGUGCGACACUGGUUGGAUUUGGCGGUAUUGGUGGCAUUGCUAGUAGUUUGGUCUUCCGAGAUCAGGAUGCGCCGGAGUACCGGCCAGGCAUGUACGCUGCCAUUGCAUGCAACAUUAUGAUCAUUUUGGUGGUUUGCUGUCUGAGUGUGUGGUUCUGGUUCUGCAACAAGCAGGCGGAGAAGGGCGAACGCGAGAUCGAGGGGGAGCCCAGUUUCCGGUAUACCAUUUAG